CACGGCGCCUCCCACACUCUUUGUCACCGGACCGCCCGGUACAGGUAAAACUGUGGUGCUGCUGCUGAUGGCCAUACAGUGGCUGCGGUGUGGUCACCACGUCUACGUUGUCAGUACGUGGUGGGGAAGCCGUGCUGUGUGCAAAAUGCUAUACCACAUACUGCAGACUGUAAACACACAGCACCCAGCAGUGGCAUCAAGUGGGCAAAUUCACCUCCUGGAGUUUGAUUUUCCAAAAGACAAAGACAUGGAGAAGGCUGUCAACGACUUGUCACAGGCAGCGAACGGAGGGCCGUUAUACAUAAUCGCUGACGAAGCGGGGCCUGAGAAUACGUCUGUUUGCCCUGUAGACUCAUCAGAUGAGGAACAGAGCGAAGAGGACAAGGCAAAUGAUUUCGGAAUUUUCUGUGGCAAGCUGUUGGCACAAGUUCCUCGACUCCAUCUGUGGGCAGCAAGUUGUUUCCAUGGACUCGCUCCUGUCGGCUGGCAAGUGGAAUAUUUAACCAGACCCCUCCGCUCUCCACCGACCGUCGUCAGGGAACUCCAGAAAACGUGGAAACAGAACAACAGAAAUCAGAAGAAACGGAAUCAAACGACUUACAACCAAAAAGCUCAGAACUACGAGUUGAGCAGUCAGGUGACCGAUGACCAGAAGGUAGAUAACCAGAGGAAAGAAGACCACGUGGCCGAUGAUCAGGAGAUUGACAGCCAAGACACAUACAAUCAGGCGACUGACAACCAGAAGACAGACAGACAGGAAACAGAUUCUCAGAAGACUAACAGACAGGAGACCAACAACCAGAAGACCCAGAACCAAGAGACUGUCAAUGAAAAGAAGAGAAGCCAAAAGGCUAGCAACCAACAACCAGUCUGUUUUGUCCACCCGUACAGUGAGCGCGGUUUUCCUGACCACACAGACGGCCCGCCAGUCAGACGACUGUAUCACGGGGGUCAGGGUCACUCAGGUAACAACGCAGGUAGCUGUGCCACGUGCGGUCACGAGGUGGCCAGCUUCCUACACAGUCUCCAUGCUGGUGUUGCAGGUGUUGCGUCCACAACCAUCAUCACCACAAGCAGUGGUACACUGAAAUCCUGUAUGCAGUGGAGAGACAUGCUGGUUUUGUAUUACUGGAGAAACUUCACAGAAGAUUCGGGUAUAGUGACGGGGCUAAGAGAAAAGGGCAUUCCAGUGCGGUUGAUGAAGGAUGAAGACACCAAUGACGUGGCCACUGCCCACAGUGAUGUCGUGUGGGUGGCGGAUGGAGAGCGGGUUCGUGGUCUGGAGAGAAAAGUCGUCGUGUGUGUGGACCCUCGUGUUGAAACUGUUCGACUUCACCAUAUGUCGCGGUGUACAUCACAGCUUGUUAUUGUCCUUGUCGACGAUGAGCCGUCGGUUUCUAACAUCUCCUACCUUGCUAGAGACGCUGCAUUUCUACAAUUAAACACGACUGACCUCACAAAAACUGGUCUUGAGGCAAAUUCUUUCUUUGAUCUAUAAUCCUUUGUUUAAUGGUCCGCAGCUUGCUCUGAGCGAUUCUUUGUAUUUUCUGAAGCAGGAACGUUUAUAAGACCAGGUCGGAGCCCUGGCAGUGUUUUCUUCCUUCACCUUCUGAACCUCGGCUGGUCCAGCGAGCUAAGCAACAUCAGAACGGGUGACGAGGUGGAAGUAACAUUAAACAGCAAGUUACAAGCAGCCCCUGCACCUUGUUAGCCCUGUCCAGGGUGGCGGGUCCUCAGUUAUUUAUUUGCCGCCCACCUGUUCGCUGAAAAGUGUUCCGCUUCUUGAAACAUUUUCUUGUUAAUUAGUCGCUCAUAUUCUGAGUGAAGGGGAUACACCUCUUCCACUUGGCCUCUUCCAGAUUCGUCGAGGCCGGACCACCCUGCACGGGGAAAACGUUGAUGUUUCUGCCGAUGGGUGCAGCAAGGCUGCGAUGUGGCCACGACGUCUACUCUCUGAGCAUUACAGACGACUAGGUCAGAACAUCACGUGGUCAGGCUCACCUUCUCUCACAGGAGAUAAAAGUAGAGAAGCCAUUGGACGACUUGUAAUGGGGGACGAGGGGAGGUUAGUUGCACCUCAUCCCUGAUGUGGGGCGUGAGAAAGAGCUGGGGAAGAGUUGAAAGUUGAAAGAGUAUCUUAUGAGAAUAAGAAACAAAAAAAAAACAAUCAUGUUUUAACUAGGUCAUAAUAUACUGAUGAUUCACCAUCCUGUGAUGACAGAUGAUGACAUUGAGGACGUAUCAUGCCCCGCAGUGACGUGGUGUGGGUGGCGCAUGGAGUUUGAGUAGACCAUGAUGUUAGAACUGAUUGACUUACUUGAUACAGCUAGUCAUUUUCUAUUGACAAUUCGGAGAUGCUGCAUUUAUACAGUCAAAUAUCAUUGAUCUCAGUAUGGUUUUAUACAUCUGAAAUAUAUGCUAUGCAGUGAUCUCACGUUGCACAAUGGAUUUAAGCUGACUUGGUGUUUUUCUUAUCGUCGUUAACUGUUAUUUUAAAUUUUACGAGUAGGACCAUGUCUGUUACAGUUCUAUGCCAUCACAUCGUUAUGCCGUUUAUAGUUUAUACAAUUUUGUCUAGCAACACGAGGUUUUGUAGAGCAAGUUCACUUGUCAAUGUACUUUCUAAUAAAACAUUAAAAUUUAAUAAAUUUUUUUGUAUACGUAAGGGACUGCAUGUUUUAAAAACGAAAGAGUGACGAUGGAUGGUAUAAAGCGCACUCAGUUUGUGAUGAAUGUUUGCAACUUAGGUUUGAUACCUGAUUUAGUUUUGAAUUUAUGAUGCUUCAAAUACUGUUAUU